AUGGAAUCUCUGCCACGAUUUGAGUUCCGCAGAAGAUUCGCACAACUAUUUGAAAUCGAUCCUAGCUUGACAAACAAUGAAGCAUACACAAUCCUGGAAGCGAACUCUUUUGACGUGCCCAAGACCUGUCUCGAAAUAGCUAAAAAGACGCAAGAAUCGAUUCAAGAGAGAGAGUUUUGGAUCCCGAAGAGGGUCUUGGAACAAUUGGAAGUCAGUGAAAGACCGGAGAAGAAGGUCAAAUCAAGCCAGACACCAGAACAGAGUCGGCCGAACAUUAUUAGCAAUGACGAACUGCCAGAUGAUGAGGUUGAAGAUUCGAGGAUCCCACAAGUGAAGCCAAGAGAGAUCAUUGAGAUUGAUGAUAGUGACGAUGAAACGAAGCAAGAAAUCGUUCUUGACCAUGAGCGAGAUAUUGUUCAAAAUAACACAGAGGCUUGUGCCAGAGAAGUGGAUCAUGCUGUCACUGGCGCGAAAAGAGAAUUCUCGGAUAUCGAGAUAUCUGAUGAAUCGGAUGUCGAUGAGGGAAGCUCUGAGGAUGAAUCUGACUCAGAGAUUGACUAUAGUAGCCAGCAAUCAAGGUCUGGCUUCGAUUCUCACAUGAGGUCUCUGGAAAAACUUAAGUCAGCCGAAUCAAUCAAGUCAACCAAGCCAAUUAAGUCGAAAACGCCUGCAACGUCAUUCGUUUCAAAAGUAGCUGGCAACCUCUUCAACAGAGAACUCAUGACUAUCCAAUUAAACAAGGAUCAAACGUUAGCGAGAUCGGGCUCCAAGAAAUAUCAUGAAGAAAUUUUAUCAGCUCACAGUGCCGCGGAGCAAUUUCUUCGUGAAAGCAGGGAGAACUUGAUCGAGUGUCAAGCUAAGUGUCGAGCUGGAGACGGCAUUUUGGUUCAGGAUGCUGAAAUUGAGUCCAAAGUUCAUUGUGCACUCAUUGUAUACUUAUACAAAGAAAAUGAGGAACCAAUGGCCCACAUACGAUAUUUUGAAAGGGGCUGUGAUACCAUAAUUGGAGAAAUGGCCAGUCCAAGGGUGCUUUUCGUGUCUUCCAGAUGUGCGAAUAUCUCGAAGGCCGAGAUAAGAGCCAAAAUCAGAGUCGAUUUCCGUGGAAACAGCGAUGACACCAACGACUCAGCAAUCGAUAUGGUCGAAGAAGAGUAUCACAGAAGCCCAGACAGAUACCUUUAUCGACUGCGCUGCGAUGAUUCGCUCCAAAGCUUUUCUGAAGCCAAGGCAAUAGCGAUACAAGGAGAAGAAUCUCUUUUCGAGGAAUGCGAGUGCUGCGCCCUCAAAAGAAUCAAAUAUGAUGAGAAUCAUCAACUGCUAAGGGUAUUGAACUUGAACAAGAAACAAAAAUCUGCUACUGGGUUCAUUUACAAGGGUACGAAAUAUCAACUCAAAGACUUCGUUUAUUUUAUUUCAAAACAUACUUCAAAUUCAAAGGGAUUGCACCCUUACAAUAUUGGUCAAAUACAGAACAUUCGGGUCACCUACUUGAAAGGUCAGCCCAGCGUCAAGUUAACCGUGGAUAAUUACGAACGUUACGACGACCACUUUCGGCUUAAGAGAUCGGAGGAAAUCGAAAUGAACAUCCCGUUUGCAACCCAUGACAAUAGAAGAGUAUUCCGGUGGAAGUCUAAAUUGUUGAAUCCAAAGGAUCUUGACGGCCACUGCUUUGUGAGGCACAUAGAGCAAAUUGAAGAUCUAAACAUUUAUAAAGACCUCGAUGACACAUUCUGGGUUCAGGAAUAUAUCCCUCACGACUUGGAAAAAGAUUCAAUUACGGUCGAAGACUUAGAGCUUAUGCCUAAAGAACAUUUGAAGUUUUCAAAAGGAAAUGAACAGAGGCUCGAGAGAGAGAGAAAGCAAGAAAUGACUAAGAUGGAUGGUCCAAAAUUGAACACUCUGGAUAUUUUCAGUGGCGCAGGCGGAUCAAACCAAGGCUUGCAUGAAAGUGGAGUGAUAGGGACUAGCUAUGCCAUUGAGUCUGAUACCGCAGCCUGUGAGACAUUUGCAAGAAAUUCACCAGAAGCGAAUGUAUACAAUUGCGAUGCAGGCAAGUUUUUAGAAUGGGCGAUGAAGAUUGACGCUGGACUCGUUCAAGGUAUCCCACCUGAUAUAGAUGGGAGGGUUUUUCCCAGAAUGCCCGCAAAAGGAGAUAUCGAUAUGAUUGUUGGAGGACCUCCUUGCCAAGGAUGGAGUAGAGCAAACCGUCAGAAUAACCCUAAAAAGCUACUGAAAAACCCUAUAUGUCCUAUGAGAGAGUCAAUCGCCACUUAUCUCUCUUACCUGGAGUUUUAUAGACCCAAAUAUUGCUUGUUGGAGAAUGUCUCUGGCAUAAAAUACCACCCGCUCAACGGUACUGAUAUUCCGAAUUAUUCAUCUGACAAUGGUUUUUUGACAAGCGGCGCAAUAAAAUUAAUUUUCCGAGUUUUAACAUCUUUAGGAUAUCAAUGUCAACAUGCAACUCUCCAAGCAGGUGCAUAUGGUUCACCGUCUUCCAGAACACGAGUCAUCUUUUGGGGUUCUUUACCAGGGUAUAAGCUUCCGGAUUUUCCUCAAGCAACGCAUAUCUUCAAUGGAAAAGUUCCCAAAAGUUCCCAUCAAGUAAGGAGGUCGGCUCCGCAUCAAUCUGUUACGAUAGGAGAUUGUGUUUCAGAUUUGCUCCCAUUCGAAUGGAAGAAUCCCCACCUGAUUAUGCCCCAAACAGGAUUACAAAGAUUGAGUCAAUUGAAUCGAAAUCCAAGCAUUGCUCAGUAUCCAACUUUGAAAAAAGAGAAGUAUAUCGGUUUGGCCAAACAAAAUUAUGCUUCAGAGCCGUUAUCAGAGUUUCAAAGACGAUUGCGUCCGCGGAAAUCUCUGUCCGAGCAGUUUUUAUACAACCAUGUGACAAGUUGGAGUUCAAGUUUGGACACCGAACGAGUCUGCAACGUUCCGCUCGAAGGUGGAGCCGAUUAUAGGGGUGUUCCUCAGAAGAUUUUGCCAAAGUUUUUGGGAGAAACAACAGCUGAUUCACAGAAAAACAAUGUUCUUCGAAGAGACUACUGCGGAAGAUACGGGAGACAAUCUGUGGAUGACAGCUUCAAAGUACUCACUACGAAGCUUGGUUCUCCUUCAACGACCAAUUUUACUCUUCAUCCUUAUCUACACAGAUUAUACACUGUGACAGAAUUCGCCAGAGCUCAAGGCUUCAAAGAUAACUUUACAUGGGAUAUGGAUAACAUGAAGAUGACCGAUAUACACACUCAAAUUGGAAAUGCUAUGCCACCUACACUUCUACAAGCACUUGGAAACAAACUGCGAAAAGCUUUCCAAGGAAGAGAUAUCAGUAGAGGGAGUGAAGAUGACGAAGAUAUUGUGAAUCAAGAAUCUAUUGCAAUUGAUGACCAAGCCAACCAAGAUUUGGACAUAGUUGAGGAGAUAACGACUCGGAGUGAAACGGAUUCCGAUGAAGAGAUCGACGAUCUUGUAAUCGCACAACUCGAACAAGAAUUCAACCGAAGCACGGACGAUUUAACAGACGCUGGAAACGAGGACGAGAACGAGAAAAAUUCAGACAUAGACGAGAAAGUGUCGGAUGAUAGUGACGUAGAUAUUGACGCAGAUAUGAAAGAUCAAGAAGAUCAAAAGUAUCUUGAGUCCGAGGACGAGGACGGGAAGAAUUGGAGCACAGAUGAGGAAAUUUCAAGUAAGGGUGAUAAUGAUCCUGACUCCAAGGACGAGAACGCGCAGAAUCUGGAUACAGAUGAAGAAAUUUCAAACGAGAGUGAAGUGGAAGUUGAUGAAGACUUGGAAGACCAGGAAGAUCAAGAAAUUCUUGGAUUCGAUGACGAUAGCCAACAGAAUUUAGAUACAGAUGAGGAAGUGUCAGGAAGUGACGUGGAUGUUGAUGGAGAUAUGAAAGACCAAGAAGAUGUAGUACCCGCGGACGAUGAAGAUAUUAAUGAGAAUAUGGACUCGGAAGAAGAAUCUUUGGUCAACACUAAAAUGCAGAGGGAGGAAAGAAUCCAUACUGGAGGAAGCAGGGAUGACGCAAUUGUGAUUGAUGAUUCAGAAUGA